GGCGAACACCAUGGCCAUACUCGACUCCUCUGGCGUCAGGAACUCCCGCGACGCCCUCGACGACAAACUCUCGUUUCUGGAAGCGGUUCGCAGUUCCUCGCUGGCCGAGGAGCCGCCUACGGCUCCAUCUUGGAAAAUGUGUGAUGCGAUCUUUCAGAUACUUAGCGGUAGCGAUUCUCUUGAACUGGCUAUGGCGAGUUAUCAGCUGCUAAUUGAUCUAGACAAGCAUUACCCCAGAAUCUAUCUAAAGAGUCCAGAUAAUCCAGGGUCUUCCUCUGUUAGGGUCGACGAGCUUGUUGUAGAUAAAGAGGCAUGGUCGCCGUUAUGUGUUGGUCCUGAGAUGGGUCGUUGUGGGGGAGAAAGGCUUCUAGAGAACCAAGUGGACUCCUUGAGAUUUUGUGCCUUAAUAGAUGAAAUUUGUCAAGCUGUCAACAGAAGGAAUUCUCAGUUGCUAAUAAAGUCUGCAGAGAAUAUGCUGCUGUUCCAAUAUCUUGUCAACAUUCUCGAGACUGAUUUUUUACCUCGUCACACUUUAUACAAAGAAACGUUAGACUGGGUCCUUCUCAGAGAAUCAUUGCUUUCUAUGCUUCUGGUAUCAAGAAGAAUAAACUUCAAAAGUAUAAUAAGGGACUCCAUGUUUGUUCUAUCUAGGAGAUGUCAUCAGCAAACUGAAAGCAGUAUAUCGGAUCUGAAAGAUACAUCAACUGUUUCUGCUUCUGCCAAAAAUACUCAAGAUUCUUAUAUUGCUCUGGCAUUGGCAACCACCCAACUGGAAAGGCAAACCCAUGUUGCAAUGCAGAAAUUUUUGACCAUGAUUAUGGAGCUUGACGUGAUAAAAAAAGAAGCUGAUAUACAUGGUCUAACUACUCGAGCUGAUGGAUUAAGGACUCCAGUUUUGGAUAUCAUUUUGGAUGAACUAACUUAUGCUAAGGAUCAUAUAUCCCCAUUUCUUGAGGUUUUCUCAGAGCCAAGGUGGAAAAUGGAGAUAACUUUGCAGUACUUUUCAAAGUAUUGCGCGAAGUCUUCUAUUCGCACUCGGAGAUCAAAUGAUACACCAAAAGAUGCAACCUUUGAGGACAUCUUGAAUUACUUUUCAUCUGCCGCAAGCACAAAAUCUAUUACCAGAAAGAUUGCUCCAGCCAAUGCUCUAUCACUUUUAGCACAUUCAUUCCAGGCUUACCUCUCUCUACAUCAUGAUCAAAAGUAUAUAGCUAACAAUUCUGAGAAGGUUGGGACAAGCACCUUAUCACAAAUAUGCAAGGGCUUAAUAUCUGCUUUUCAAAAUAUUAGAAAAACUGAUGACAGGAAUCUGGAAGUUACACCUUUUGAGAAGGAAGCUUUCUUCACUGCAGCAACCAUUGUAUCACAGAAGUUGUAAACCUUGUAUCCCAGAAGUUUGUUUUUGUUCUGUAUUUUCUUUUUCUUCAGUUAUAUUUAAAUUUUGACAGUUCUAUAGACAUAUGGCAGCAUUGAAGUUGUUGGAUUAAUUCAAUAGUACCCAAAUUUCUAGAUUUGUAGGUAGCUUAUCCCAAGUCCAGUUUCCUUUCUUUGUUUGCUCUCAGUUGCUGAUAUAGUAUCUUUCAGGAAAUAAGCUUUGUUGAAAGGAAAAAAAAGCGCCGGGUUGAGUUUUAGAA